CCCGCUUUACACGCCGCGUCCGCCCGGAAGCGGAAACGGAAACGGAAACGGCGUUAGCAAGAUGGCGGAGGCGGCGGCCGGCUCCGAGUCUUGCGCCCCGUCGGUGUGCGUGCUGGUGCUGGGCAUGGCGGGCUCUGGGAAAACCACCCUGGUGCAGAGGCUCACUGCCCAUUUGCACAGCCAGAAUUCCCCGCCCUACGUCAUCAACCUGGACCCUGCUGUGCGCGAGCUUCCUUUUGCAGCCAACAUCGAUAUCAGAGACACAGUGAAGUACAAAGAAGUCAUGAAACAAUAUGGUCUGGGCCCAAAUGGUGGAAUAGUGACUUCUCUCAAUCUCUUUGCCACAAGAUUUGAUCAGGUGAUGAAGUUUAUUGAAAAGCGACAGAACACAUCUCAAUAUGUUCUUAUUGAUACACCAGGACAGAUUGAGGUGUUCACCUGGUCAGCCUCAGGCACUAUCAUCACUGAGGCACUGGCUUCCACUUUUCCUUCAGUUGUCGUUUAUGUGAUGGACACAUCUCGCAGCACCAACCCUAUCACCUUUAUGUCUAACAUGUUGUAUGCUUGCAGUAUCCUGUACAAAACAAAACUACCUUUUAUUUUGGCCAUGAACAAGACAGAUAUCAUUGAUCACAGUUUUGCAGUAGAAUGGAUGCAGGAUUUUGAGAUCUUCCAAGAUGCCUUGAAUCAAGAGACAACAUAUGUUAGUAACCUGACUCGUUCCAUGAGCCUGGUGUUGGAUGAGUUUUACAGCUCGCUCAAGGUGGUUGGUGUUUCUGCUGUGCUGGGUACAGGACUGGAUGAAUUUUUUAUGAAAGUCUCUGAAGCUGUAGAUGAAUACGAGAGGGAGUAUCGUCCAGAAUAUGAGCGUCUGAGAAAAUCAUUGGCAAAAGCCCAGAGCAAGCAGCAGAAAGAGCAGCUGGAACGUUUGUGGAAAGACAUGGGCUCUGUGGCUAUGGAGAGCAACUCACUUGCAGAUUCUUCUGACACUUCUGCAUUGGGCCCCUCUGACUUGAUCAUGACACGAGGAACUUUGGAUGAGGAAGAUGAAGAGAGAGAGAGUGAUACUGAUGAUAUUGACCAUCAAGGGUUUGUUCAUGUUCCAAUUCCAACCCGAAAAAUCCUUCCAUUACAAAGGGCUAAAGCUCAGCCAGUAUUGUCAAGGCACCCACAAAGAGAGAACAUGAAUCAGCUCAUCUAUGGGAAGGAAAAUGAGAUGGUUUAUGUCUUCAUCCACAUUAACAGUGCAGGGACAGUCCUGCCCUGCUCCUCUGAACAGCUGGGGACAAAGACAUGGAUGGAUCAAGUUUACAAAUGGACCAAGGACACGGGGCAGGAAAUUCAAGAUUCCAAAUAUUGCUCCAUACUGGAGAAUGGAUCCCUAGCCUUCAAGGACUUCAGCCCAGAGCAGUCUGGAAUCUACAAAUGCAGCGUCUCCUAUUCCAAGGAUGGCAAGCGCUACACAAAGCAUUUCCAUUUCUUUGUCAGGGCUUAUCACAGGCCAGACAGGAGUGUGGAGAUCCGGUCUGCCUUUUACUCUCCUCUCUGCAGCUCAGCAACCAACAGUAUCUACAUCCAUAGCUUUCUGGAGCAUCUGAAUGGGCUAGUGAGGAAUCUCAGCUGUGAGGUCUUUGAAAAAUACACUGAGUGCAUCUGGCCCUCGCAGGAAAGGAACCACUCUGAAGUGUGGAUGACUGUGCUGAUGUUUCCUUAUGGAGUCAUGUGGGAAAUUCAUUGCCCACCAGAAAGUAUGAGCAAAAACUGUGAACAAGACAUCAAGGAUCGCUCUAAAGAGGCCUAUGAGAGAAUUCAUCGCUCUAUCGAGGUGCUGAAUGAGUUUCAGAUCCAUGAGGGGAAUCUGCCUCCUUUGCACUACAAAGUUGGGUCACUUCUGGCCUAUAAGAUGGAUCAUUGUAAGCCAGGGUUUGGUAAAAGUAACACUACAGAUGGGUGUUCCAACUGUUGCAGUAAGUCAAUUGUCAAAAAAUCUUUCCACCCAUCAGUGGGUCAUAAUCCUCACUGGGGAUUGUUCCUAUCACAGACUUCACACUGGAGCCACUUUUGUUAUACUAAUGUCUAGAAAUGGAGAUGAAGAUGCAAUUCUUAAACACACCAUGUAAAAAUUCAUUACAAGUAUAUAGAGGCUGUAGGAAAAUGUACACACAAACAUUUCUUUUCUUGAUGAGCCAUGGGAUAUCCAUUAAUAAGAUGCUCUUUCCUGCACUGGCUCCAUCACUCUAACCUUUAACUCUGAUAGGAAUCCUCAGUUUGAGUCUCUGACCCUAAAUGUCACUGCAUCUCUUCUUUUAAUGGUUUUACAGUUGCUUGUUCCCCAGGGCUGUACAGCUCACUGAAUACAGUCACAUGUACCAUUUGCCCCCUGGGUUCUUACAAUGAGCAUUAUGGGAAGACAGAGUGUGAGACCUGCACGAGGAGCUUGGUGACCUAUCACAAAGGGGCUACGUCCAGUGAAGACUGCGGUGAGUAGUGAGGGCUUUCCUAGUCCAGUAAGUAACGCUUCUGUAGUGACAGUAAAGCAUGCUUCCCAACAGGAGGUAGGUCUGUGCAGCUCAGACAGGAGGAAUCAUUCCCAGCUGAUAGCAUCUUAGCACAGCUUCUGCUGUCUCUGUGGCUCACCUGUUAGAGUUAUACAGCAACCUAUGCGUUGCAAGAUAUGGUGACGUAUACAGUGCAGCUUCUGAGCUCUGCUCAUGUUUGGUGUCUGGAUCCCAGUUGUCAUACAUCGUCAGACAAGGAUGGGAGCUCCAGCUCCAAGUUCCUGUCUGUGAGUUUACCCUUUCCAUGCUAGUCCCAGCAGCUAGGCUUGGUAGAGCCUACAGAAACCCGAGCCACUUCGUCUGGUCACCCUCACCUUUUACAAGUCUCCCCAGCUAGUCUUCCGUGCAUUGAGGGUUGCAGAAAUCCAUCAGGCAUUGAUCUCCAGUUCUGGUAAUGCUGCUGUAUCUAUUUCAGUCCCUGCCAUCUCGCGUCUGGUGCUGAUGCUGUGUGUAUUCACCUUUGGAGUCACACCAUCCAUCCUCUUUGUUUCAGUGUACAUGUAGGUCUGUUUUUAGAUUCUUUAAAUAAAAAUAGGUAGCAGUUAGAA